GUCAACGUAACGGAUCUAUGACAAAGCGAGCAGUGAGGUAGUGGUCCCCCAAACAUGUCUCUUCUCCCCCGGACUGACUGGCUCCAGAUGACCCGGGAUGGGAACCUCCCUGCCGCCUAAAUCAGCGACUCACUUCACCGCGGCGACUCAAGCGGAGCGUUAAAGCAAACAGAAGCUGUCGGGCUGUUUAUUUAUUCAAGAGAAGAUGGCGGAGUUCUCGCCCGUCCUGCCGAUGCGGGAUGGAGGAGGACGAUUUGCCCAGCCCAUCUUCCCUCGGUCCAGGUCCGGUUCCGAGUCGGAGAGCGAACUGUCCCAGAGCCUGGCCCGGACCAAGAUCCGCUCGUACGGAAGCACAGCCAGCGUCACGGCCUCUCUGGGGGAGAAGUACAUAGAGCAUCGGGUUACAGACAGUGAUACUCUGCAGGGGAUUGCUCUCAAAUACGGUGUUACGAUGGAGCAAAUCAAGAGAGCCAAUAAGCUGUUCAGCAACGACUGCAUCUUCUUGAAGAACAGCCUCAACAUCCCCGUGGUGUCGGAGAAGCGCUCCAUAUUUAACGGACUGUCUCUGGAGUCUCCUGAUGGAGACGGUGAAACGGCCUGCCUGGAUGCUGACGCGCCCUGCAUUGUGACGCAGGACAUCGAGGGACCCACGCCACCCUCGACUCCACCCCCCGAGGACUCCAAACCUGCCCAGCCUCAGCCUCAACCAGAGGAGCUGUCAGCCAAAGACUUCUUACACAGACUAGACUUGCAAAUUAAGCAGUCAAAGCAGGUGGCUCGAAGGCUGAAAGAAGAGGAAGUGAGGAGCAGUGAGGAGGACUACACGGCCCCCACGGCGUCUUACCAGGACAUAUAAAGGACAAGUGUGUUUACCUGAAGCUCAAUCUCGGACACCCAUACAAGGACAAAAACACUCCCACAGCCUCGUUGCUUUUUUUGUUUUUCCAUCCUUCUCCUUUUACCUUUUUGUGUUUACCAAACCACGUUGAACAAGUGUCAUGUUUGCCUUUUUAUUUAUUGAAAUGCAAUGAUUGUGAUGUAUAUUAUUGUUUUGUACAGUUUUACUGGGCGGGUUCCAGCGAGCCCGUCCACUCAAUCAUACGCUUGUGAAGCUGCUGUACAGAAACCACCUGCUGCAUACGUUCACACACACACUUUGAGCGCUAAGCAAUUCUAGGAGGAUUAGCUUGUUAGACUCGCUAACCGCUCCUGAUGUUCUAAAUCUCCUCCUAGAAUAGGCGCAUUGGAAACUAUAUUCAGGCCUUCCUCAUCGGUGUUUACCCUGUAUGAGCUCACUCCAAACAGAGGCGGCGGCGGAUGGACUCAAGCCUUUGAACAUGUUCCAUUUGCCUCGUAGAAGCUUUUUUUCUUCUUUUUUUUGUCUUUGGAAACAGAAGGGAUUGCUCUAUUUUUGAAGUGUGAAUGCAAUAUUUAUGUGUGGAGAUGUCUGUAUCGGCUGUUUUAUUGUGCUUUUAAAGUUGUGUUGGUUUUAUUUGGGGAGAAUAAAUACGUAUUUAAGCCAGA